AUGUUCCUCUGCUUGUACAAACCGGAUCUAAUUUUUAUUACUGAAACUUGGUUAACCACUAAAAUUUUGGACUCUGAGCUCGUUGGUAACCUGCCCUAUAAUGUCUACCGUUCGGACCGAUCCAUGAGAAGAGGAGGUGGGGUGUGCGUUCUUGUCAAGGCAUUUAUUAGUGCUCAAAUCGUUACUGGUGACAACGAUCUUAAAGCUGACUUACUCUCCGCUGAAAUUUUGUGUGCUGAUGAUUUGACGCAACUUCGUUUUAUACUCGUAUACCGACCUCCAAAUAGUUCUGCUGCUGAUGAUAAAAAACUUGUAGACGUACUUAGCGAUCUUGCGGUUAUGAAUCAUCAAACUAUUAUUCUCGGGGACUUCAAUCUACAUAUAGAUUGGAUUAACUCCGUAGCUUUCAACUCAUCUUCAUCGCUUUUCUUAGAUUUUUUCACCAGUGCUGAUUUCGUGCAAAAUGUGAAUCUGCCUACCCACUCUGAUAAGGUUCUUGACAUCCUCCUUACACCUAGCGCCUACACUCUAGAUGUUGAGCUUCUUCCACCCCUAGCCUCAUCCGACCACGCAAUUGUCCAUUUCGAAACACCUGUAUCUAUGUCAGCUCCAAGAAUUCCGUUUCCUAACUUUUUCGCGGCUGACUACCUUUCCUUAAACGAUUGCUUUUCUGGUGUUGACUGGUUUACUCUAUUCAAUCAAUAUUCUUCAUGUUCGGACAUUUAUCGCAGAUUCUGCAAGAAGGAGCUAAACCAUCCUUUACAUAACCCGCUGUACAAGAAAGUAUGUUCUGACAUUGACUUCCACAUGAAAAGAUAUCUUCGUUAUCGAGAGCGCCACUUAGUGCACAGCAAAUCCAUGAAGCCCUUUUAUUUGUACUUAAGGCAUAAAAUGAAAGGCAAUGGAAAACUUCCUGGUCUUACAGAUCAAACAGGAGUUACUUAUAUCAGAGAUGCUGAUAAAGCUAAUGCCCUAGCCUUGCAUUUUGCCAGUGUGUUUUCUUCAGAGUGCAGUAAUAAUACUCCAGAAAUUGUUGGCAUUGGUCCUAUCCAACAGCAGUGCCGUGCCAUAUUUUUCCAUCCUUCAGAUAUCUACAAAUAUCUCAAGUCUCUCAAACCGUCGGUCAGUGAAACAUAUGACGGAAUCCCGCCAAUUGUAUAUAAGGAGUGUGCUGCUACUUUAUAUUGUCCUCUAGCCCAUAUCUUUAACAUCUCUAUGCUAUUAGGUGAAGUUCCGGAGGUGUGGAAAAGCGCCAUAGUUACAGCAAUUCCUAAGUCCCCAGGUACUAAUCUGCUGAGCAACUAUCGUCCUAUUAGCUUAUUACCAACGCCAGUCAAAAUUAUGGAAAAGAUUAUCAGGGAUAAACUGUUGUCUUGGCUAAAGAAGUUUCAUCUGAUUCCCGCUCAACAACAUGGGUUUGUCGGUGGAGCUUCGACAUCUACUAAUCUAAUUGAUAGUAUUUUUGACUGGUCCUUAGCUUGCAAUCAAGGUAAAUCGAUUGAUAUAAUAUACGUUGACCUGUCUAAAGCCUUCGAUAAAGUAUGCCACUCUAAAUUAAUUGCUAAGCUUAAGUACUUCGGAAUAACGGGCCAUAUUAUAGAUUGGAUGAUCUCGUAUCUUAAUAUGAGAAGUAUGACAGUCAAAGUUGGCCACAAAUACUCAGCCAAGUUCCCUUGCAGAAGUGGAGUUCCACAAGGAGGAGUUCUCUCCCCUCUCUUGUUUCUCAUCUACACUAUCGACUUACCUAAUGUUAUCAGAACCUCUUCUCACGUCAGUGUCCAAAUGUACGCUGAUGACAUUAAGAUUUACGGCAUAUACGAUGACGAGAACUACCUCGAAGUACGCAAUGCACUUCAGACAUCACUAGCUAAAAUGUCCGACUGGGCCUCCAAAUGGGAUCUGCGCAUUAACCACGACAAGUCUCUGGUUAUGCAUAUAGGUAAAGGGAAUGUGGCUGAGUAUAGUAUGAAUGGAGUAGCUCUUAAAAUUUGUAAAUCUGUAAGAGACUUAGGAAUUUUUGUGGAUUAUAACCUCAACUUCACAGAACAUAUUGAUCAUAUUGUAAGGAAAGCAUACUCGGCCCUUUUUCGACUAUUCCGCAUUGUUCACACCUCUAAUCCAACUAUUCUCACUCGUCUAUACAAAUCGUUCGUCUUACCUCAUCUUGAAUAUGGCUCUCAAAUUUGGAGCCCUUCAAAGAAAAAAAUAUAUAGCAAAGCUCGAAAAGGUGCAAGAGACUUUUACGCGUAUGUUAUGCAGAAGAAUGUCAACAGACUUAGCGAUGUACCUUUGCUGCGAAAACAGAAGAAGCGAAAAAAAGCUCAGAUACGAAAGGAAAAACCGAGAAAUAAGAUUUUUUUCACCAGUGCUGAUUUCGUGCAAAAUGUGAAUCUGCCUACCCACUCUGAUAAGGUUCUUGACAUCCUCCUUACACCUAGCGCCUACACUCUAGAUGUUGAGCUUCUUCCACCCCUAGCCUCAUCCGACCACGCAAUUGUCCAUUUCGAAACACCUGUAUCUAUGUCAGCUCCAAGAAUUCCGUUUCCUAACUUUUUCGCGGCUGACUACCUUUCCUUAAACGAUUACUUUUCUGGUGUUGACUGGUUUACUCUAUUCAAUCAAUAUUCUUCAUGUUCGGACAUUUAUCGCAGAUUCUGCAAGAAGGUUUAUGAGGGUCUUGCAAAAUUUGUUCCUUUUCGAUUUCCUCGCCCCUUUUGUUCGAAUCUUCCACCUCAGCUGAAAGCCUUAAUCUCUCAGAAACAACGUCUUUUUGAGGAGCUAAACCAUCCUUUACAUAACCCGCUGUACAAGAAAGUAUGUUCUGACAUUGACUUCCACAUGAAAAGAUAUCUUCGUUAUCGAGAGCGCCACUUAGUGCACAGCAAAUCCAUGAAGCCCUUUUAUUUGUACUUAAGGCAUAAAAUGAAAGGCAAUGGAAAACUUCCUGGUCUUACAGAUCAAACAGGAGUUACUUAUAUCAGAGAUGCUGAUAAAGCUAAUGCCCUAGCCUUGCAUUUUGCCAGUGUGUUUUCUUCAGAGUGCAGUAAUAAUACUCCAGAAAUUGUUGGCAUUGGUCCUAUCCAACAGCAGUGCCGUGCCAUAUUUUUCCAUCCUUCAGAUAUCUACAAAUAUCUCAAGUCUCUCAAACCGUCGGUCAGUGAAACAUAUGACGGAAUCCCGCCAAUUGUAUAUAAGGAGUGUGCUGCUACUUUAUGUUGUCCUCUAGCCCAUAUCUUUAACAUCUCUAUGCUAUUAGGUGAAGUUCCGGAGGUGUGGAAAAGCGCCAUAGUUACAGCAAUUCCUAAGUCCCCAGGUACUAAUCUGCUGAGCAACUAUCGUCCUAUUAGCUUAUUACCAACGCCAGUCAAAAUUAUGGAAAAGAUUAUCAGGGAUAAACUGUUGUCUUGGCUAAAGAAGUUUCAUCUGAUUCCCGCUCAACAACAUGGGUUUGUCGGUGGAGCUUCGACAUCUACUAAUCUAAUUGAUAGUAUUUUUGACUGGUCCUUAGCUUGCAAUCAAGGUAAAUCGAUUGAUAUAAUAUACGUUGACCUGUCUAAAGCCUUCGAUAAAGUAUGCCACUCUAAAUUAAUUGCUAAGCUUAAGUACUUCGGAAUAACGGGCCAUAUUAUAGAUUGGAUGAUCUCGUAUCUUAAUAUGAGAAGUAUGACAGUCAAAGUUGGCCACAAAUACUCAGCCAAGUUCCCUUGCAGAAGUGGAGUUCCACAAGGAGGAGUUCUCUCCCCUCUCUUGUUUCUCAUCUACACUAUCGACUUACCUAAUGUUAUCAGAACCUCUUCUCACGUCAGUGUCCAAAUGUACGCUGAUGACAUUAAGAUUUACGGCAUAUACGAUGACGAGAACUACCUCGAAGUACGCAAUGCACUUCAGACAUCACUAGCUAAAAUGUCCGACUGGGCCUCCAAAUGGGAUCUGCGCAUUAACCACGACAAGUCUCUGGUUAUGCAUAUAGGUAAAGGGAAUGUGGCUGAGUAUAGUAUGAAUGGAGUAGCUCUUAAAAUUUGUAAAUCUGUAAGAGACUUAGGGAUUUUUGUGGAUUAUAACCUCAACUUCACAGAACAUAUUGAUCAUAUUGUAAGGAAAGCAUACUCGGCCCUUUUUCGACUAUUCCGCAUUGUUCACACCUCUAAUCCAACUAUUCUCACUCGUCUAUACAAAUCGUUCGUCUUACCUCAUCUUGAAUAUGGCUCUCAAAUUUGGAGCCCUUCAAAGAAAAAAUAUAUAGCAAAGCUCGAAAAGGUGCAAGAGACUUUUACGCGUAUGUUAUGCAGAAGAAUGUCAACAGACUUAGCGGUGAAUAGCUACAAGGAUCGUCUCAAAAAAUUAGGUCUCCUGUCAGACUCGCUUUUAGCUCAACGUGCUCCCUAUGCCUUGGGCGAAUUUGGCUUUCCGAACGUUGAUGUUUCGGCAACGUGA